CCUGGAGUGGGGGAGCAGAGAUGAGCACCGACUCGGACCGCCAGUGUCCUGUGGACGGAGAGAUUGAUCAACAAGAGAUGAUUCCAAGUAAGAAGAAUGCUGUUCUUGUGGAUGGGGUUGUGCUGAAUGGUCCUACAACAGAUGCAAAAGCUGGAGAAAAAUUUGUUGAAGAGGCCUGUAGGCUAAUAAUGGAAGAGGUGGUUUUGAAAGCUACAGAUGUCAAUGAGAAGGUGUGUGAAUGGAGGCCUCCUGAACAACUGAAACAGCUUCUUGAUUUGGAGAUGAGAGACUCAGGCGAGCCACCCCAUAAACUACUGGAACUCUGUCGGGAUGUCAUACACUACAGUGUCAAAACUAACCACCCAAGAUUUUUCAACCAAUUGUAUGCUGGACUUGAUUAUUACUCCUUGGUGGCCCGAUUUAUGACCGAAGCAUUGAAUCCAAGUGUUUAUACGUAUGAGGUGUCCCCAGUGUUUCUGUUAGUGGAAGAAGCGGUUCUGAAGAAAAUGAUUGAAUUUAUUGGCUGGAAAGAAGGGGAUGGAAUAUUUAACCCAGGUGGCUCAGUGUCCAAUAUGUAUGCAAUGAAUUUAGCUAGAUACAAAUAUUGUCCUGAUAUUAAGGAAAAGGGGCUGUCUGGUUCGCCAAGAUUAAUCCUUUUCACAUCUGCAGAGUGUCAUUACUCUAUGAAGAAGGCAGCCUCUUUUCUUGGGAUUGGCACUGAGAAUGUUUGCUUUGUGGAAACAGAUGGAAGAGGUAAAAUGAUACCUGAGGAACUGGAGAAGCAAGUCUGGCAAGCCAGAAAAGAGGGGGCAGCACCGUUUCUUGUCUGUGCCACUUCUGGUACAACUGUGUUGGGAGCUUUUGACCCUCUGGAUGAAAUAGCAGACAUCUGCGAGAGGCACAGCCUCUGGCUUCAUGUAGACGCUUCUUGGGGUGGCUCAGCUUUGAUGUCGAGGAAGCACCGCAAGCUUCUGCAUGGCAUCCACAGGGCUGACUCUGUGGCCUGGAACCCACACAAGAUGCUGAUGGCUGGGAUCCAGUGCUGUGCUCUUCUUGUGAAAGACAAAUCUGAUCUUCUUAAAAAAUGCUAUUCUGCCAAGGCAUCUUACCUCUUCCAGCAGGAUAAAUUCUAUGAUGUGAGCUAUGACACAGGAGACAAGUCUAUCCAAUGUAGCAGAAGACCAGAUGCAUUCAAGUUCUGGAUGACCUGGAAGGCCCUGGGUACAUUAGGCCUUGAAGAAAGAGUUAAUCGUGCUCUUGCUUUAUCUAGGUACCUAGUAGAUGAAAUCAAGAAAAGAGAAGGAUUCAAGUUACUGAUGGAACCUGAAUAUGCCAAUAUUUGCUUUUGGUACAUUCCACCGAGCCUCAGAGAGAUGGAAGAAGGACCCGAGUUCUGGGCAAAACUUAAUUUGGUGGCCCCAGCCAUUAAGGAGAGGAUGAUGAAGAAGGGAAGCUUGAUGCUGGGCUACCAGCCGCACCGGGGAAAGGUCAACUUCUUCCGCCAGGUGGUGAUCAGCCCUCAAGUGAGCCGGGAGGACAUGGACUUCCUCCUGGAUGAGAUAGACUUACUGGGUAAAGACAUGUAGCUGUGGCUUUGGUCCCCCAGAGGCAUAGAUCCUGUCCUGGGAGAGUUUAGAUCCAGAACUUCUUGGAGAUACAAGUAGAUUGCAGCCCUUCUGAUGAGAAAUAGGAAAUACUCCCAGUCCAGGCCCAGCAAAACCAAAAUGCUAAGCAAUGAAUAUUAAGGACUCUCUA